AGUAUUCCAACCAAGAAACAGGGGUAGAGCAUAGAGAGCAAGAAUCCCACAUCGCAGACAGCGCUAAAGAACCAUGAGUAACGAAGCAAAUGAGAUCAGUUCAGCUCCUAUAACACCUCGGCCGGUGGCUCCGAAGCCUCCGGUGGCACCUCAACAGCAGCCUCCAGUGUCUUGUCCUCCUUCCCAGUACAACUCCCCUUCUUUGACCCGGUCACCGCUGCUCGAAGCAGCCAUCCCAGCUGCCAACCACCACGGAGGUGAAGAUGUCGAGGGCGCUAGUGCAAUAGUCCCGAGCAAGACUCCUAAGGGAGCUAGAACCCCAUUGGGGAUAAGAACGCCAAGGAUGUCGACUCCGAGGUUCCUCACUCCCUUAGGUAGCCCGGUAAGGAAGGCUCUCAGGGCUACGAGGCUUGACCCUGAAGAUGCUUGGCUACCCAUCACCGAGUCCCGAAAUGGCAACAAGUACUACGCGGCUUUUCACACUCUUUGCUCCGGUAUCGGUAUCCAAGCUUUGGUGCUUCCGGUGGCCUUCACAAUUCUCGGAUGGACAUGGGGAAUCAUCUGUUUGACCGUAGCAUUCAUAUGGCAACUCUACACCCUCUACCUUCUUGUUCAUCUCCACGAAAACAUCGAAACCGGAGUCCGGUACAGCAGGUACAUGCAACUCUUCAGUCUAACGUUCGGCGAUCGAAUCGCGAAUCUGCUAGGGCUAUUCCCUAUCAUGUACCUUUCCGGUGGUACCUGCGUGGCCUUAAUCGUCAUUGGUGGAUCGACCUCGAAGCUCUUCUUCCAGAUCGUCUGUGGCGCUACCUGCACCGCCAAGCCAUUAACGACCGUAGAAUGGUUCUUGGUGUUUACGUGUUGCGCUGUGCUUCUUUCAUUGUUGCCUAACUUGAACUCCAUUGCUGGGGUUUCGUUGAUUGGUGCAAUGACUGCUGUUGCAUACUGUACCAUGAUGUGGGUGGUGUCUGUAACUGAGGGUAGGCUUCCUGGGGUGUCCUAUGACCCUGUUAGGAAAGGAACCGAAGUUGCAAGAGUGUUUGAUGUGUUGAAUGCACUUGGGAUCAUCGCUUUCGCAUUCAGAGGUCACAAUCUAAUCCUCGAGAUUCAGGCCACCAUGCCUUCGAGUGAGAAACAUCCAUCACAUGUGCCAAUGUGGAAUGGUGUCAAGGUGUCUUACACACUCAUUGCUGCUUGCUUAUUCCCCAUUGCCAUUGGUGGCUACUGGGCCUAUGGUCACUUGAUUCCGGCAGACGGAGGAAUGCUCGCUGCCAUUUACGGAUUCCACCGAACAGAUGUGUCGCAGUUCAUUUUGGGACUAAUGAGCUUGUUCGUGGUAGUAAACGCCGUGAGCUCGUUCCAAAUCUACGGGAUGCCAAUGUUUGACCACAUGGAGUCGAAGUACACUAGCCGAAAGAAGCAGGCAUUGCCGUGGUGGCUAAGGUGCAUUGCGAGAGCCAUGUUCGGAUUCGGGUGCUUCUUCAUCGCCGUGGCAAUCCCAUUUUUGGGAAGUGUUGCUGGUUUGAUCGGAGGAAUCGCCUUGCCGGUGACAUUGGUGUACCCAUGUUGGAUGUGGCUCAAGAUCAAGAAGCCGAAGAAGUACAGCGUAAGCUGGUGGGUCAAUUGGGUUCUUGGUGUGUUGGGAAUGGGUCUAACUGGUGUUCUGAUUGCCGCUGGACUCUACGUUGUUAUUGACACUGGUAUUAAAGUCAGCUUCUUCAAGCCUCACUAAUAAGGCAACAAAAAACAGAAUGAUAUUUGGGUGAAGUUGCUCUUAUUAAUUUGUUUCAGUGAUCUUUGUAAAGAUGAAAAUGUUAGAAAAUGUUAUUUACAGUUGAAGAGGAUAACACAAUUAUAUAUAGGGUAUUUUUUUGUUCUUGUUGGGGCAUGGGAAUGUUGUAAUUCGACAUUUAUAGAAUCUAUUAGGUGUGUGAUAACAAUUUUAGUGGAAAUUUCAUAUUGAAUCUUUAAUCUGU